CUGUCACUAAAGCAAAAUUCAGACUCUAAUGUCCCUUGCUGCUAUCCGUCCGUACAGUAACGCAUACCCAGUACAAGAAAUGGCCGAAGCCCCUCCACGGCCCAACCGGUUUUUUUGUCACCGGUGUUCAGCAGAGAUUUCGCCCCGUUUACCGGACUACACAUGCCCGCGCUGUGAGUCGGGUUUCAUUGAGGAACUGCCUGAAGAAACAAGCAGUUCUGAAAAUGGGUCUGCAUCCACGUCCUCUGCCAACGAUCAAAAUCGCUCCAGCUUUGAGAAUAUGGAUCACCAUCAUUUAUUCACAUUUCCCUCGGGGUAUGGCCCAUUCGCCCUUGGGAUUUUUGACGAAAACUUUGACCUUCGAUCGAGAUUAUCCACAGAGGACAACCGGGAGGCAGAGAACAGGCGAGAAAGGGAAAUGGCUUCACGCCAGCGAUACAGUGCGAGGCAGCCACGGGGUCGACAUGUGCCACGUCGACAGGGUUCGCGCCACGAAGGAGUGCCAACUUUAGAGGGAAUCAUCCAGCAGCUAGUUAAUGGAAUCAUAGCACCAACAGCCAUGCCAAACAUCGGGAUGGGACCAUGGGGAAUGCUACAUUCCAGUCCAAUGGACUAUGCCUGGGGAGCUAAUGGGCUGGAUGCUAUCAUUACACAGUUAUUAAACCAGUUUGAAAACACUGGUCCGCCACCAGCUGACAGAGAAAGAAUAAAGAGUUUACCAACCAUUUCCAUUACACAAGAACACGUCAGUGCCGGCUUAGAGUGUCCUGUCUGCAAAGAAGACUACAGUGUUGAUGAGAGCGUUAGGCAACUACCGUGCAAUCAUUUGUUUCACAAUGAUUGUAUAGUACCAUGGCUGGAGCAGCACGACACAUGUCCCGUGUGCAGGAAGAGUCUUAGUGGACAGAACACUGCCACAGACCCGCCGGUGUUAUCAGGAAUCAACUUCUCUCCACCUUCCUCCUCCUCCUCUUCCUCUCCAAGCUCACCUAGCAAUGACAAUGCAGCCAGCAACUCCUAGGUUUUUUUUCCCCCCACUUCCCUCCUUCACAUCUGACGGUACUGCACCCCGCUGAGACUCACCAGCUCCUCUCUGCAGCUGAGACCACAACAGUUUUAUGUCUCAAUUCUGGGGGGACAAGAACUUUGACUUUUAGUUUUCAUUCCUCCCCUCUGUGCCGAAUGAACGCUGGGUCCAAACACCUGCUGCUAUUGUUACUGAGUGCAUGAGGAGUGAAAGAGGAAUGUGAAAUAUAUAUUUAAGGUGGGACUGUGACCAGAUCAGAAGCAGGAUAGAACCAGAGUGAACUGCUUUUUGGUAAAAAAAAAUGUCCUCAUGAGUUUGAACACAUUUUAGAUAAAAAAAAAAAAACAAAAUGCUCUUUUUAAAAAAAAUAACAUUGCCUGUGGUGGUGGACUCUUUAGAUUCUUAGAUUGAAAUUUUUAAAAAAAUUGUCAGCCAAUAGCAUCUUAUUGAAUUCAAGCAAAAAACCUCUUAGGGAAAAAUAAGGCCGUGUGUUUGAUUUUAAUUUAUUUGCUUCUUUAUUUUGCACAAGAUUCUGUCAGGGUGAGAAUGUAAAUCUGGAUUAACUACUUUACAAAAUCGAGCAGCAUGUUUUUUCCAUGAAACAAAUAGUUUUCCCCUUUUUUUCCCCCAUACAUUCCAUUUGAUUUGAGCUCACUCGUGUAUUUGCUCUAUCUUGAUGGUAGGAAUGGUUGCAGCUUAGCAGCGGACGCAAUUUUUAUUUUUGUAGUGGAAAAAAUAAGUUACAAACUUUUGCGUUCACUGAAACACAACUUAAGCAUUGUAAGUUAUUAAGAAAAGGAAUGGGAUCAUUUUACCUCUAUUGAACUGGCCAAAUGAAUUUCACAAAAUAAGUGUUAUUUUAUUUGCUGAAUUUUUUUACAGUCACAAUAAAAUGCUGAAAACAA